AUGGACUUGUUUAGACAGGUUCUAAUCAAAGGUUCUCUAUUUGAUUUGGGAUGGAGAGGUGACAAAUACACAUGGUCAAAUCGUCAUGAAGAUGCCUCCUUUACUAAAGAGAGGCUUGAUAGAGUAUUAGCUAAUCAACAAUGGAUGGAGGGUUUUGCUAAUUAUCAGGUGGAUAUUCUAACUGCUAUAUGUUCAGACCAUAAACUUGUUUUACUUUCUUGCUUGUAUGCACAUAGCGAGCAGAACUUUGCACCUCACAGUUUUAAGUAUGAAGCCAGUUGGAGUCGAGAAGAAGGAUGCAGCACUAUAGUGGCUACUGAAUGGCAGAAGCAGAUGGGGGGUGUGAACAAAUUAGCAAGUAUACAGACCAAGUUAGAAGCAUGCAGUAAGAAACUGAGGCAAUGGAGUAGACAUAUUGACCAGGACAGAUCAAAGGCAAUUAAGGAGAAAACAAGGCUCAUCAAUCAAUUGCAAAGAGAUGAGGGACCUAGCUACAUACAAAGUCAGAAACAAUUGCACAAGGAGUUAGAAUUUCUGUUGGAACAAGAAGACCUCAAAUGGAAACAAAGAGCUAAAAGGCACUGA